AUGCCUUGGUGGGGAAAACCAAAGGAGCCCAAGGAGCCCAAAGCUGAGCCAUCGCCGGACGCCAACGCCGAGCAGCAGAAGCAGGCUUUCGACCCGGACAAGCUUCCAGCACGGGAAAAGCUGCCCAGGCGACUUCAAAACAUCGUUGAAAAGUCGGAUCAGGACAGCCGGUUUUUCGACGAUGUUAUCGAUGGAUAUGCCCCGCCUACUACCGACACCAAGCUGCGAUAUGCUGCCUACGCGAGCAGGUUUCGAACCAUUCUCCUCUCUGCGCAUCGCUACGUUGCCUAUACAUCCGAUAUUGGAGAAUCAUUCCGGCCCGUAGCACAUCCGCGAGUCGUCCGUGCCGCAUACGGUAUCUCUUGGCUCUAUAUUCUCGGAGAUGUGUCCCAUGAGGGGUACCGGGCAUAUUGGCAUAACCAGCGCGUGCUGAACCCGCAGCUUCGCCUGUCGCCUCACCAGGAGAAAGUCACCGGGCUACCAGCCGAGGACAACGUAAACCUUCAACCCGGUGUCGUUAGUCCCUUGGAAGACUGGCGAACCGUCAUGGUCCAAAGAGCAAUCUUCCAAAGCAUUGCCAGUAUGGGGCUUCCCGCAUUCACCAUCCACAGUGUCGUUAGGUAUUCCGGGAGAGCUCUGAAGAAUGCCAAGAACGCCACUAUUCGCACCUGGGGACCUAUCGGCCUGGGCUUGUCUGUUGUUCCCUUCCUGCCGCGGCUCUUUGACGAGCCGGUUGAAAACGCCGUGGAGUGGGUGUUCCAUAAGGGUUUUGAGGUUGUUGGCGGCCAGAAGUAUGUGGGAUCCGCGCCGUCUACAGGGCGGGAGGAUAUGCUCAACAAACCGAUCAAGCCGAAGACGGAAUGA